AUGACCAUAUCUCCUCCAGAAUCCAAUCACAACAGCGACGAUGAAGAGACGAGAGGACGCUCUCGACAGUUAGAGAAAGAGAACCUAGCCGAACUGCAAGCCGCCAUAAGAGGCAUUCGUGGUGAGCGCAAGUCGGGUUCCCCAAUAAGGACACAAGAGACGAUACAGGUCAAUGGCAAAGCUGCUUCGGAAGGCUCAUCUCCUGCAGGCGAGAAUCGAUUGCCCUUGUCCAGCUCGCAAAAAAGGGUCUCCCAUUCGCGUUCAAGUACCGAUUCUAACAUCGUCUUCGAAGUCAAGCCUACCCACUCUCACUCACCCCCUCAACCGAUAUUAUUGUCACCUAAAGCCACAGAUUCGGAAUCGGACGAAAGCGAUGGUAUUGGUCGGAGACCACCCAUGGUGAGGAAAAAGUCUGGUGAACUGGUAAAACCUGCUCUUCGGCCACAUUCCCGUAGGAGGCCUUCCAGUAUGCCUGGUACACCUACCUACAACAAAGCUGUACAUUUCGAUUCUCAGCUCGAGCAUAUACGUCACUUCUUACAGGUCGACAGGCCGCUUGCAGUCAGCGCAGGCUCUUCUCCGGCCGAGAACUACGAGAGUGAGAGCGAAUUUCCCUUUGGCUCGGAUGAAGCCAGCGCUCGCUCUCGUGGUCCAUCCUUUGAGUGGGAGAUACGAUUGGCCAAUUCUCCUGAACAGCCUACCGAAGAGCGAAAAGCUCUCCCUGUACACGUCGAACGAGUCUUUCUUUCAGCCGAUAAGAAGAAUCUUAUUGGUGUGGUGGUUGUGAAGAAUCUGGCUUUCCAGAAGCACGUUACUGCACGCUUCACGCUGGAUUACUGGAAGACCACAUCAGAGGUCGCUGCAGAAUUUAGUGAUGACCUGAGCAAACCUGACCACCCUGAGAUUGAUCGCUUCACGUUCAGCAUUAGUCUAGCUGACCAGGCGAACCUCGAGAACAAGACUCUCUUCUUCUGCGUGCGUUACAAUGUCAACGGUCAAGAACAUUGGGACAGCAACAAUUUGAUGAACUAUCAAGUUGACUUUAUCAAGAAGGUGAAAGCCAAACCUUCUCAACAGCCUACAGGACUUGGUGCGAGACCUCUGAAUGCUCUGCCACGCAGCAGACCAUCACCUCCCACAUCAAAUGGCCGACCGAAAUCCAUGCCUAUCUCGUUCGACGACUUUGCUUCUGGCUUUGAUAACUAUGCAUCUGCGUAUUCCACAUCUCCAACCUCUCUGAUUGGUGAACCGAAGAUCAAACUAAGAAGCCCACGUUCAAAGCAGGAACUGGUUCCUGAUGUUUCCACCGCUCGACGUAGUAAAGGCUCGUCGCAAAUGUUCGGACAUAGAUACGAUUUCAACUCUUCGCUGUCUGCCGCCAAGAACAGCGCAUACGCUUUGCUCGGCGAGCAUAGUGGUUUGCCUCCAAUGGUUGCAAAGCAGUCUACCCGCGAAAUUCCUGUCGUAGCGAAGAGUCCAGCUCCCACAAUUCAAAAACUGGAGAAUGGCGUGCACAGCAAACCACUCGGCACAAGCGCUCCUGCAGUAACAGUUGCUCCUGUGACACCCAAUCCAGCUCUGUUCUCAGAAAAGCCAGCACUCACUUCCCAGUCCUACCAGGAACUAGUGGACAAGUACUGCUUUUUUGGUACCGCCAAAUCGUCACCAAUACAGAACGCAGGGCUUGUUGUUCGUGCAACAGAUGGCACUGCGGACGAUGGUUCGAUAUCUGAUGCAGACAGUAUUGGAAGUGCUGAAUCAUCAGGUGCCUCCACUCCAGUAAAUCAAGAUGUAACGUCUUCGCCACCAUCCGAGCUAUCGUCGGUCAAAUCGCAGACACCUACCUAUUCACGGGCGUCUUCGCCCUUGCUGUUUACUGGAUCUUGUUCGCAGUCUGGGUCAAACUCACCUGCUUUCGGAUACUCACAUCCUACACCAUCACAAACUCUUAUGGCAGAGGCACCACAAGCCACUGUCAUACUCGGCUAG